GGCGGUGCCCUGAUUGGGAAGAGACCUGGUUCUGCUCCCUGGAGAGGCGGGGCCGACUGUCCCCGUGGCUCCGGCAUCCCCCGGGAGACGGGACGCCGCUGCCGUGCCAGGUAUGGCAGCUGAGGUUGCAGCAGGCAGCAAUGUGGCUAGUGCCCUGGCUGCUCCGCAGGGACCCCAGGGCAGUGAGGUAGCCGUAGGCGAACUGCAGAUACAGGGCAGCGGAGGCAGGAAACUUUAGAGAAGUAACUGCGCUGCCCGGCAGCUGAGGGGAUUUGUAAUGCGGGACGAGCUGGGGCUGUAGAGGGCAGCUGAACUGCAAACCGCCCGGGCCAACCAGGGCUGGGGCAUUUGCAAGGGGACGCAAAGGGGUAGCUGCUGUGUAGGCGGGAGUUUGAAGAAGGGGGGCAAGUUAGUCUCUGAGCAGCAACUGGUGCGGGAGUCCGCCUUGCGCUUCAGCGGCUCCCACCAGCCCCUCCAAUUCUCCGGCUGGAGAUGGAGGAGGAAGAGGCGGCGCAGGAAGAGGAGGAGGAGGAGAGGGUCCGGUUUGUGGGGCACCGCUUGGCACUGUUGCUGGAAUUUCAAUCAGAGAAAUGGAGCAAGUAGCUUGAAAAUGAGGAGAACCAGAAAAUCCUGGCUGAGUUUUUGGACGAAACCGAACCAGCUUUCUUGCUGUUUUGCUCCCCUCUGGCAGGCACAUUAACAGUCAUGCAGAAGAUACCCAGUGAUAUAACACACAAAUUAGUUUGCAUUAUGAAGACCACAGAAUGCAUUGGAACAGAUAAUUAUAAAAAAGAUUUAGUAUUUGAAGAGUUGUCUGCAACACCACUUGAGCAUACAGUUGAUUUCUUAGAAGAGGUUUUAGUGCUUGUUCUUUCCAAUAAGAAAAACCAUGGAUCCUGGCCACAUUUUAUUUCACAAGACAUGGAACAUCAUGUGGAAACUAUGAAAAAUAAGGUGCAUGUUAUGAAGGGAAUGAUGUCAAGAAGAACCCUUCUUCCCAUUCCGACAGUUGCAGCGAAGGCUGACUUGCAUCAGAUGUGCACUGAAAAUAAACAAUAUCCAUAUGCUAGGGCAGUGCUACAUGCAAUUGAAUCUAUGGUUGUUAAAUGGUCGCAUCAGAUACGGGACAUACUAACAGAAGAUUCUAUUCAACCUCUUCUGCAAGGCCUCCAUUCGGAUCCCCAAAUUGAGCUCAACUUCUGGAAGACAAGAAAAGAUAAUUUGUUGUACAUAUAUGAUCAACUAUGUCCUCCUGUUGUUCAAGAAAUGAUUAAGAUCUUAAAAGCCAAAGAGAGCAGCUAUUAUUCUACUUCUCAGAACAUUUUGAAGGACGUAGAAAAUGCACUUAUGGAAGCUCAAGAUAUUGAACUGUACCUGAGACCACUGAGAAGACACAUUCAGUUUCUUCAGGAGACAGAAUUCCCCAAGAUCCAGGCUUUAAUUCCCCCCUUGUUUCACACCAUUUGCCUGAUCUGGAGUCACUCCCAGUUUUAUAGCGUGCCUGCACGAAUAAUAGUUCUACUGCAAGAGUUCUGCAAUACGUUCAUUGACCAGGAAGCUAGAUCAUACUUCUCAACACAAGAUCUUUUGAAAGGAGAAAUUGAAGAAACAUUGGAACAUGUGCAAAUAGCUGUACAUACCUUAAGAAGCUUUAAGAAUUUCUUCUUUAGCCACAGAGAGAAGUUGGCAAGUUAUUUCACCAAUGGCAAGGAAUUUAAACCAUGGGAUUUCCAAUCUAAUAUGGUCUUUGCCAGAUUUGACCUAUUUCUCAACAGCUUAGUGAAAAUUGAGGAUAUCUUUGUUAUCAUGUUGGAAUUUCAAAAGCUGGAAGAGCUGGAGUUUGGUGGAGUCGAGGGGAAAACUUUGAAUGAACAAAUCUACAGGAUGAAUGAAGAAUUUAUAGAAAGCUGUAAAGUUUUUAAGGAGAAAACAUACGAUCCUUCAGAUUACAAUAAUAUGGAAUUUGAAGAUCACUAUGUUGAGUUUAAAGCAAAAAUCCUGGAUUUUGACAGACAUUUUGGGUCAAUCCUUUGUGUAGGAUUUCUUGACUGUUCUGAUUUAGAAUUGGCAUUCAAGCUUUUAGCCAUCUUUGGCUAUUUUCUGGAGAAACCUAUUAUUAUGGAGAUUUUUAGCCCAAAUUACAUCAUCUUACUGCAAAUGUUUGAUGAAGAGCUGAAUAAUUGCAAACACGUGUAUGAAGAGCGCAUUAGGCAGGUGGAAGAGGGGAAUGAAAUAAUAAACAAAAAAAAGCCAUUUACUUCAGGAAACCUUAAAUGGUCCAAAGCACUUCAAGAACGAAUACAGACAUUCUGGUCAAACUUUUUGUAUUUGUCUCACCGAAUCCUGGAAGGUUCUGAGACUGCUUUAGUUUAUCAGAAAUAUAUAGAGGUGUUGACUUUAAUUGACCGAUAUGAAGAGCAGAUCUACUGUGAAUGGAAAUCUCAGGUGGAUGAAGUUUGUCAAUUUAAUUUAGAUCAACCACUAAUUAAACGCAAUCCUGAAAAUGGUCUCCUAAGUGUGAAUUUUGACUCUAAGCUAGUGGCUUUGUUGAGAGAGGUGACAUGUCUCCUGACGUUGAAUCAAUCUGACAGUCCAGAUUCUGCGUUAGCAAUAUAUGAGAAAAGGAAAUUUUUUGCUAAGUAUAUUGGAAACCUUGAACUCAUUGUUCAGUGGUACAACAAACUUCUGGAGACUGAAUAUCCUCUGAUUGAAACUGGGCUGAGAGUCAUUGAUGAUCAGCUAAGAGAAGCAGAAGAAGUGUUCACGUGGCAGAAAGAGAAUUGCUGGAGAUGUAUUGAAUAAGUGAAAGCUACAGUGUAUGAUUUGGAGCAGAGAGUUCAACAGUCAAAGGAGAAUAUUAAAACAAUUCAGCAGAUUAUGAAUGCAUGGCAGAACACACUCUUAGCCAGGAAAGAUGAUAGGAAAGAUGCUUCAAGUCUGGAGGAUAAAGAAGAUAGACUUGCUAAGAAAUACAAGUUACUAAAAGAGGAUGGCUACAGGAUUCAUCCGCUUGCUGAGAUAAUUUCUGAAAACUUAAAGCUCUUCAAAGCAGAUUCCUCCUCAGACUCUUGGAAGAUUUAUAUAGAGUUCAUUGAUGACAUUAUAGUUGAUGUUGAUGGUUUCUUUAAUACAAUAAUGCAUAAUUUAGACUUCUUCUUGAAGGACACAGAGAAAGGUUUGAAGCCUGCUCCAUUUUUUCAGGCACAAAUGAUCCUUAGCGCCCCAGAGAUCGAAUUUAAACCUUCUGAUAAAGAGGCUGGAGAUGGCUUUUAUGACCUAGUAAAAGAACUUUUGAGCAAUGUUUUCAAAAUAUCUGCCCAGGUGAAAAGAGUAGCAGCACACUUGGAAGUAGAAAAUUACCAAAGCGAUAUGGACAACAUGUUAGAUCUAUCUGAGAUCAGGCAGGAGAUUAUGGACAGAGUGGCAGAUGUAAUCAGAGAAUUUCUGUAGUCCAGGGCUUUCCUGGACACCUACGGUUAUCUCUGGGUAGAUGACAGGGCUGAGUUUAUGAAGCAGUUUCUGCUGUAUAGUCAUGUUUUAACUUCCGAAGAGAUAGAAGCUUAUGCUGAUGAGGGAAUGCCUGAACAGCCGCUGACUACUGAGCAGUUUAAACAACAGAUUGACAUCUAUGAGAAUCUUUACAUUCAGAUGAGCAAGUUUGAAGUCUUCAAAACAUUUGAAAGCUGGUUUAAGGUGGAUGUGAAACCUUUCAGAAUGAGUUUGUUAAACAUUAUUAAGAAAUGGAGCUGGAUGUUCAAGGAACAUCUUUUGAGAUUUGUCAUUGAUAGUCUGACUGACUUAGAAGAGUUCAUAGAAGUGACAGAUACUGGACUCCAAAAAGAAGUGAAUGAAAGAGAUAAUGGACUAGUAGAAAUCAUGGGACAUCUCCUGGCUGUAAGAGACAAACAGGCAUCUACUGAUGAGCUCUUUGAACCUCUAAAAGAGACUAUUACACUGUUGGAAAGCUAUGGACAGAAGAUGUCAGACCAAGUUUAUGUCCAGUUAGAGGAGUUGCCUGAAAAAUGGAAUACCACCAAAAAAAUUGCUGCAUCCAUAAAGCAUGAAGUUGCUCCUCUUCAGACUUCUGAGGUCACACUAAUCAGAAAAAAAUGUGCUUCGUUUGAUGUAAAGGAAGUAGAUAGAUUUAGAGUAGAAGCUCCCUUUUGCUUUGAUUCAAAAAAUCCAUAUGUACGUCUAGAUAAGGAAAAUCAAGAGCUUGAGGUAUUGGAAGAAGAAAUUUUACAAAUGCAGAAAUCUGCAAAUCUUUUUGAAGUGGUUGUUCCAGAUUACAAACAAACAAAACAGUGUCGCAAAGAAAUACGGUUGCUCAAAGAAAGCAACAUUGAUGAUUGGACUAAAACCCAGUGGAGACAGAUUAAUGUGGAACAGAUGGAUGCAGAGCUCAGAAGGUUUGCCAAGGAAGUGUGGUCAUUGGACAAGGAAAUUCACUCCUGGGAUGUAUACACAGGUCUGAAGUUAACAGUGAAGAACCUAAUGACAUCACUGAGGGCAGUAACAGAAUUGCAGAAUCUUGCAAUAAGAGAGAGACAUUGGCACCAACUCAUGAAUGCAACAGAUGUCAGAUUGUGAAUAACUGAAGGCACAACCUUAGCAGACUUGCUGGGACUACAGCUGCAUAAGGUGGAAGAUGAAGUGCGAAGCAUUGUUGACAAAUCAGUGAAAGAGCUGAGCACUGAGAAGAUUCUUACAGAGAUCAGCCAAACAUGGGCUACCAUGGAAUUCUGCUAUGAAGAGCAUCACAGAACCAGAACUCCAUUAUUAAAAUCUGAUGAACAGCUUUUUGGAACUUUAGAGAACAACUAGGUUCAGUUGCAAACAAUUCUGCAAAGUAAGUAUGUAGAAUAUUUAAUUGAACAGGUCACAAGCUGGCAAAGGACAUUGAAUGUGGCAGACUCAGUCACUGUCACUUGGAUGGAAGUUUAACGUACAUGGUCUCAUCAAGAAAGCAUCUUCCUUGGCUCUGAAGAUAUCCGAACCCAGUUGCCUGAAGACGCUAAAAGAUUUGAUGGAGUUGAUGCAGACUUCAAAGUGGAGACCUGGUUACAACAACUUGAAGAAACCAUGUGUAAAACAGUGCAUCGUCAUAUCAUGGAGGCUAUAGCUGCAUAUGAAGAAAAACCCAGAGAGCAAUGAAUUUUUGACUACCCGGCUCAGGUUUCACUUACCAGCUCACAAAUCUGGUGGACGACAGAUGUAGGAAUAGCAUUCAACAAGCUGGAGGAGGGAUUUGAAAUGGCCCUGAAGGAUUACAAUAAAAAACAGAUUGCUCAGUUAAAUGCUCUCAUUGCUCUGUUGCUGAGAGAACUUGCCUCAGGUGACAGACAGAAGAUCAUGACCAUUUGCACUAUAGAUGUUCAUGCUCGAGAUGUGGUGGCAAAACUUGUUGCUCAAAAGGUCACUAGUUCCCAAGCUUUUGCUUGGCUGUCACAACUACGCCAUAGAUGGGAUGAGGCCCAGAAACACUGCCUUGCCAACAUUUGCGAUGCUCAGUUCCAGUACUUGGGAAAUACCUCUCGUCUAGUUAUUACACCUCUGACUGACGGGUGUUACAUUACUCUAACACAGUCUCUACACCUGACAAUGAGUGGGGCUCCUGCAGGGCCAGCUGGCACAGGCAAAAGAGAGACCACCAAAGGCCUGGGCCAUGCCCUUGGUAUGAUGGUCUAUGUCUUCAACUGUUCUGAACGGAUGGACUAUAAGUCCAUAGGAAACAUCUAUAAAGGUUUGGUCCAGACAGGUGCUUGGGGAUGCUUUGAUGAGUUUAAUCGAAUUUCAGUAGAAGUCCUAUCAGUGGUGGCAGUGCAAGUAAAGACCAUACACGAUGCCAUUAGAAAUAAGAGGAAAAAAUUUUUAUUCCUUGGAGAAAACAUUACACUGAAAUCAUCAGUUGGGAUAUUUAUUACCAUGAACCUGGGUUAUGCUGGUCGAACAGAAUUACCCGAAAAUCUCAAAGCUCUAUUCAGACCCUGUGCCAUGGUUGUCCCUGACAUUGAAUGGAUCUGUGAAAUUAUGUUGGUUCCUGAGGGAUUUAUUGAUGCACGCUUGUUAGCCAGGAAGUUUAUUACCUUGUAUACUCUCUGCAGGGAGGUGCUUUCUAAACAGGAUCAUUAUGAUUGGGGACUUCGUGCUGUUAUGUCAGUCUUGGUGGUUGCUGGCUCAUUGAAGCGAGGAGACAAGAACAGACCUGAGGACCAGGUACUUAUGCGAACCUUAAGAGACUUCAACUUGCCUAAAAUAGUGACAGAUGAUAUCCCAAUUUUCAGUGACCUAUUUCUAGCUCUGGAUGUUCCAAGGAAGAGGGACCUGCAUUUUGAACAGAUGGUUAAACAAUCUACCCUGGAGCUUCACUUGCAGCCUGAGGAGAGCUUUAUUCUCAAAGUUGUUCAGCUGGAGGAGUUUCUGGCAGUGCGUCACUCUGUCUUUGUGGUGGGAAAUGCAGGCACAGGAAAGAGCACGGUUCUGAGAACUCUGAACCAAACGUAUGUGAACAUGAAACAAAAGCUUGUGUGGAAUGACCUAAACCCAAAAGCUGUGACCACUGAUGUGCUGUUUGGUUUUAUACAUCAUGCAACCCGAGAAUGAAAAGAUGGCUAGUAGCAGUUAAUGCUACUUUCACAAUUUGCAGGUCUCUUCUCAUCUCUUCUAAGAGAGCAGGCUAAUAUUACCCAGGAUGGGCCAAAAUGGAUUCUCCUAGAUGGAGAUAUAGAUCCUAUGUGGACUAAGUCACUGAAUACUGUCAUGGAUGAUAACAAGGUCCUGACCCUUGCCAGCAAUGAACGUUUCCCUCUGACUCCAUCGAUGAGGCUGCUGUUUGAAAUGCAUCAUUUAAAAACCGCUACCCCAGCUACAGUGUCUAGACCAGGUGUUCUUUAUGUAAACCCCCAGGAUCUUGGUUGGAAUCCGUAUGUUGCCAGUUGGAUAGAAACAAGAAGUCACCAAUCUGAAAAAGCUAAUUUAACUAUCCUCUUUGAUAAAUAUGUGCCUCCCUGUUUAGAUCAGCUCAGAACAAGCUUUAAAACGAUCACCCCUAUUCCUGAGAAUAGUAUGUGCAGACCCUUUGACUGCCCAAGAGAGCUCUAUGAGAUGUACUUUGUCUUUGCCUGUGUUUGGGCAUUUGGUGGUGCGCUCUUUCGAGAUCAGCUUUCAAAUUAUCAAGCUGAAUUCAGCUGCUGGUGGCUCAAGGAGAUGAAAGCAGUGAAGUUUCCAUCCCAGGGUACAAUUUUUGAUUGCUAUCUUGACCCAAAGACUAGGAAAUUCUUGCCCUGGACUGAUAAAGUUCCAAAAUUUGAUAUGGAUCCAGAAACACCUUUACAGACAGUCCUUGUUCACACAUCUGAGACCACACAUCUCAAAUACUUUACUGAUUUGCUCCUGGAGAAAGGCAAACCAGUCAUGCUUGUUGGAAAUGCAGGAGUAGAAAAAACAGUAUUUGUAGGGGAUAGACUUGCUGCUUUCUCUGAUGAUUACAUGGUGUCUAAUGUUCCCUUCAACUACUGCACUACGUCAUUGGUGCUACAAAAGAUUCUUCAGAAAAGCCUAGAGAAAAAAGCUGACAGUAACUAUGGUCCUGUAGGAAACAAGAAAUUGAUUUAUUUUAUUGAUGAUAUGAACAUGCCUGAAAUGGAUGUGUAUGGAACAGUUCAGCCUCACACACUGAUUCAACAGCACAUAGACUAUGGACAUUGGUAUGAUAGGGAGAAGUUAAUGGUAAAAGAAAUACAUAAUUGCCAAUAUGUUGCGUAUAUGAAUCCAACUGCUGGCAGUUUCAUUAUCAACCCUCAAUUCCAGAGACAUUUCACAGUGUUUGCUCUGAACUUCCCCUCUGCUGAUGCCCUGAACACCAUCUAUAGCAAGAUCCUUGGUUUCCACUUCCAGAGGCAUGUUUUUAAUCCAUCAGUGUUAAAGAAUGCUCCAGCCAUGAUUCAAGGAGCAAUAUGGCUUCAUCAAACUAUGGUUCAGAACUUUCUGCCAACCGUGGUUAAAUUCCACUACAUCUUUAACCUAAGAGACCUCUCAAACAUCUUCCAGGGAAUUUUAUUUGCUACACCUGAGUGUUUAAGGCAACCAAAUGAUCUUGUCUGUCUUUGGCUUCUUGAGUCUUCAUGUGUUUAUGGAGAUAAACUGGUGGAACCAAAAGACUGUCAUUUCUUUCAUAAAAAGCUGAUAGACACUGCACACAAGUAUUUUGAGGGUGUGGAAGAUCACAUUCUGUUCCAGCACCUGCUCAUUUAUUGCCAUUUUGCAAAUGGGGUAGCUGACCCUCACUACAUGCCUGUCAAGGAAUGGGAAAUACUGAGGAAGAUACUUACAGAGACUCUAGAAAGCUACAAUGAGCUUAAUGCUUCUAUGAACUUUGUUUUAUUUGAGGAUGCCAUGCAGCAUGUAUGCCGCAUUAGUCGUAUCUUGGAAGGCCCUCGGGGUUAUGCACUUCUUAUUGGAGUAGGCGGUAGUGGAAAACAAAGCUUAUCUAGGCUGGCAGCAUACAUGGGCUCCCUUGACAUGUUCCAGAUCAUGCUGAAGAAAGGCUAUGGGAUCCAGGACCUAAGGGUAGAUCUUGCCAAUUUGUACAUCAAGACUGGAGCCAAGAGCAUGCCCACUGUGGUUUUGCUGACAGAUGCCCAUGUUGCAGAUGAGCGCUUUCUUGUGCUGAUUAAUGACUUGUUGGCAUCAGGAGAAGUUCCAGAUCUAUUCAGCAAUGAAGAUAUGGAUGGCAUUAUUACAGGAAUUAGGAAUGUAGUCUGAAGCCUGGGUCUGAUUGACACCAGAGAAAAUUGUUGGAGAUUCUUUUUGGACAGAAUACGACUACAACUAAAAAUCAUUUUGUGUUUCUCUCCAGUAGGUUCCACGCUGAGAGUUAGAGCUCGGAAGUUCCCAGCCAUAGUUAACUGCACAGCUAUUGACUGGUUUCAUGAGUGGCCGCAGGAGGCCCUGUACUCCGUCAGCAGGAGGUUCAUUGAGGAGACGGAGGUGAUUGAGCCACGUGUUCAGGAUUCCAUUUGCCUUUUUAUGGCCUGUGCUCACACCAGUGUCAAUGAGAUGAGUGAAAAAUAUCAGAACGAGAGGCGGUACAAUUAUACCACUCCAAAAAGUUUCCUGAAGCAAAUCUCACUUUAGAAGAUCCUGCUGGAGAAGAAAUACAAGGAGAUGUUCAAGCGCAUGGAACAUCUAGUGAAUGGCAUUCAGAAAUUAAUUUACCUGAGAAGCUUCAGCUUUAGGAUACCACAUGGUGUUCAUGAAACAAUGCGUCGAGGGUUAAGUGGGAAGAUUCCCAGGGUUCUAACAGAGGCAAAGAUGGGGAGAGGUUGUGUAGAAGACCUGAAAUCCAAACUAGCCUCUCAAGAGGCAGAACUACAAGUGAGAAAUCAAGAUGCUGAAGCUUUGAUUACUAAGAUAGGGCUUCAGACCGAGAAAGUGAGCCAGGAAAGAGCCACUGCUGAUGCAGAGGAGCAAAAGACAGCAAAGAGAGCAGCUAGGAUGAAAGGAACAUGGCACUCUCUGAACACUUUGCGGAUGGCUAACUCUGUUUGGCAGCUUUCUGCUGAUUUUUUUUUUUGGGUGAUUGCUUUUCAGAUUAAUCUCACUGAAUUGAAAGCCUUCCUCAACCUACCAAUUGCAGUAACCACUGUUACUGCUGCAGUCAUGAUAUUACUGGCUUAUAAAGGCAAAGUGCCCAAAGACCGAAGUUGGAAAGCUGCUAAAGUCUUCAUGGGAAAGGUUGAUGACUUCCUACAAGCUUUAAUUAGUUAUGAUAAGGAGCAUAUUCCUGAGAACUGUCUGAAAGUGGUCAAAGAGCAUUACUUGAAAGAUUCAGAAUUCACCCCAAAUUUGGUCCGCAUGAAGUCCUUUGCAGCAGCUGGUCUCUGUGCCUGCGUUAUCAACAUAGUAAAAUUUUAUGAGCUGUAUUGUGAAGUGGAGCCAAAACGUCAUGCAUUGGCCCAGGCAAAUGUCGAACUAGCAACAGCCACUGAAAAGCUAGAAGCAAUUAGGAAAAAUCUUGUUGAUCUGGAUAGCAAUCUAUGCAGACUCACAGCAUCAUUUGAAAAAGCAAUAGCAGAAAAAGUCCGAUGUCAAGAAGAUGUGAACUGAACCAACAAAACAAUUGAGCUGGCUAACAGACUUGUCAAGGGACUUCAGGCUGAAAAAAUUCAUUUGAGACAGUCUAUUAAACAUUUUGAAGCCCAAGAAAAGACACUGUGUGGUGAUGUCCUGUUAAUGGCGGCUUUUGUGUCCUACGUUGGAUCUUUUACAAAACAAUAUCGUCAGGAACUGGUGGAACAUAUGUGGAUUCCUUUCCUUAAAUCACAAAAGAUAAAACUUAUUGUUCCUAUUCCAAUAACUGAAGACCUGGACCUGAUUGCCAUGUUGACUGAUGAUGCUACGAUUGCAGGAUGGAAUAACGAAGGACUGCCCGGUGAUAGAAUGUCAACAGAAAAUGCCACUAUUCUAACAAACUGUGAGCGCUGGCCUCUGAUGAUAGAUCCCCAGCAACAGGGAAUUAAAUGGAUAAAGAAUAAAUAUGGAACUGACCUUAAAGUCAUACGUCUAGGGCAGAAAGGGUUUUUGAAGACCAUUGAAAGAGCAUUGGCCUGUGGAGACACCAUCCUAAUUGAAAACUUGAAUGAAACAGUAGACCCAGUACUUGAUCCCUUACUGGGAGGAAACACAAUUAAAAAAGGGAAGUAUAUCAAGAUUGAAGACAAAGAAUGUGAGUUCAACAAGAAUUUCCAUCUGAUCCUUCACAUGAAGCUUGCUAACCCUCAUUAUCAGCCAGAAUUACAGGCUCAGACCACCCUCAUUAAUUUCACUGUCACAAGGGAUGGGCUAGAAGAGCAGCUGUUGGCUGAGGUUGUUAGUGUUGAAAGACCUGACUUAGAAAAACUUAAGUCUCUCCUGACCAAGCAGCAGAAUGAUUUCAAGAUUGAGCUGAAGCACCUGGAGGAUGAUCUUUUGCUUCAUCUGUCAGCUGCUGAGGGUAGUUUCUUGGGUGACACGGAACUGGUAGAGAAACUUGAAUCAACAAAAUCAUCAGCGGCAGAAAUAGAGUACAAGGUAGCUGAAGCAAAAGAGAACGAAGUUAAAAUUAAUGAGGCCCGAGAGCAUUACAGACCAGCAGCUUUGAGAGCAUCUCUUCUUUACUUUGUUGUUAAUGAUCUGGGCAAAAUCAACCCCAUCUAUCAGUUCUCACUGAAGGCCUUCAACACAGUCUUCCAUAAAGCAAUUGAUCGGGUUGAAGCAUCAGAGGAUCUGCAGGGUCGCAUCACCAACCUGAUAGAAGCUAUUACAUACUCUGCCUUCCUUUACACCAGUCAGGGACUUUUUGAAAAGGAUAAACUCACCUUCCUAGCCCAGACAACAUUUCAGAUUCUGCUGAGAAGUAAAGAGAUAGAACUCCUUGAAUUGGCUUUCCUGCUUCAAUUAGUCAACCACACACUCAAGAGUCCGGUUGACUUUUUAACUCCUCAGUCAUGGAGUGCCAUUAAAGCCAUUGCUCUAAUGGAUGAGUUCCGAGGGUUAGACAGAGAUAUCGAAGGGUCUGCUAAAAGAUGGAAGAAAUGGGUGGACUCAGAAUGCCCAGAAAAGGAAAAGUUCCCACAGGAAUGGAAAAACAAAAGCUCUCUUCAGAAACUUAUCAUACUGAGGGCACUGUGCCCAGAUAGAAUGACCUAUGCUCUUAGAAACUUUGUGGAGGAAAAACUAGGUUCCAAGUAUGUGGAGAGCACCAGGAUGGACUUAACAAAAUCAUAUGAAGGGAGCAGUCCAGCGACUACAGUGUUUUUCAUCCUCUUCCCUGGAGUAGACCCUUUUAAAGAUAUGGAGACACUUAGAAAAAAAAAACUUGGGUUUACUAUCGACUCUGGAAAAUUCCAUAAUAUCUCUUUAGGACAAGGUCAAGAGAUGGUGGCAGAAGAGGCACUAGAGGAGGCUGCUACACAUGGGCAUUGGGUCAUUCUCCAAAAUGUUCAUCUAGUAGCCAAAUGGUUGGGGACCUUGGACAAACUCCUUGAACAAUACAGCAAAGGAAGCCACUCGGAUUUCUGAGUCUUUAUGAGUGCUGAACCAGCUCCAACCCCAGAAGAAUACAUCAUCCCUCAAGGAAUUCUAGAAAACUCAAUUAAAAUUACCAGUGAACCCCCUACUGGGGUGCUGGCUAAUUUGCAUGCUGCCCUCUACAACUCUGACCAGGACACACUUGAAUUGAAAAGGGAAACGGAGUUUAAAAGCAUACUCUUUUCUCUGUGCUACUUUCAUACUUGUGUGGCUGGGAGGCUCAAGUUUGGACCACAAGGCUGGAAUCGAAGAUAUCCUUUCAAUACUGGAGAUCUCACCAUUUGUGUCAAUGUCCUCUACAACUAUUUAGAGGCACACACUAAAGUUCCAUGGGAAGAUUUUCGUCAUCUCUUUGGUGAGAUUAUGUAUGGUGGACACAUCACUGAUGACUGGGGCUGCAAGCUGUGUCAUAUGUAUUUAGAGGAAUUCAUGAGCCCAGCUAUGCUUGAAGGAGAACUGGCAUUGGCACCAGGGUUCUUAGCACCCCCAAAUUUGGAUUAUGCUGGAUACCAUAAGUACAUAGAUGAAAUGCUUCCAGCUGAAAGCCGAGUGUUAUAUGGAUUCCAUCCCAAUGCUGAAAUAGAAUUCUUGACAGUUACAUCUUUUCAAAGUGAGAAUCUUUUCAAAACUCUUUUGGAAAUGCAGCCCACGAAUUUACUUGUGGGAGAGGAAUCAGGACAGUCUGCAGAGGAAAAGGUUAAGAAUGUCCUGGAUGAUAUUCUGGAGAAACUUCCCGAAGAAUUUAACACGACAGAGAUCAUGCAGAGGGCCACUGUUCGGAACCCCUGUGUCCUUGUUUGUUUCCAAGAGUGUGAGAGAAUGAAUCUCCUAAUUCAGGCAAUAUGCAAAUCACUUAAACAACUGGACCUUGGUUUAAAGGGGGAGCACAUUUCGCCUGACAUGGAUGCACAGCAGUCAGCAUUGCUUUAUGAUAUUGUGCCAGAUGUGUGGACCAAGCUGGCUUAUCCAUUCACCUAUGGCCUUGCACAAUGGAUUAAUGACCUCCUCAUGCGGUGUGGAGAACUUGAUAUCUGGACACAAGAUCUUGUGCUUCCAGCAGUGGUGUGGUUUUCUGGAUUCUUUAACCCUCAGUCUUUUUUGACUGCUAUUAUGCAGUGCACGGCCCGCAGGAAUGACUGGCCUUUGGAUAAGAUGUGUCUGACUGUAGAUGUUACCAAAAAGAUCAGAGAAGAUUAUGGCCACCCACCUAGGGAAGGAGCAUAUAUUUGUGGUCUUUAUAUGGAAGGAGCACGAUGGGACAUCCAGUCAGGGGUCAUAGCUGAAGCCCAGCUCCAGGAUCUGACUCUAGCAAUGCCAGUCAUCUUUAUAAGGGCUAUUCCAAUUGAGCAACAGGAAACCAAAAAUAUAUAUGAAUGCCCAGUAUGUAAAACUAAAAACAGAGGGUCCACAUAUGUUUGGAUGUUCAAUCUGAAGAGCAAGGACAAGUCAGCUAAGUGGGUGCUUGCAGGAGUAGUCUUACUCUGUGCUGUGACACAGCAUGUAGUCAAAGUGUACAUAACAGCUGAAUGUGAGAAAAAAAAACAUUUGUUUAGCAGCACUACAUCCUACUGUGUGAAGAGUUAUGAUACUCAAAUGUUGUACAACUCCUCCAAACAUGUCUGUCUCGCUAAGCUGGAUUUAUACCUGUUAACAUUUUCCUUCAGAGAGACAGGUUGAUUAUUGAAAAUUAAACACUGUAUUCAUGAUGAAAACCCCCCACAAAAUGCUCCUCUAGUGAAAAUGCUUUUAUUAUCUCUACACGGAGUAAAACAUACAAUAUUUUACACAAAUUUUGACAAUCUGAGGCUGCAGUAAUGUGGGUUUUUAAAAUGUGUUUGUUAAGCCUGCUUUUUGUUAAGCAGACACACAGGAAUUAUUAAAAAAUUUUAGCACUAACAUUAAAAAAGUCAAUAUCACUCUCAAACGGCCCAAUGCUCACCAACAGCAGUGAUGCACCUGCUAAGCCCCCAAUUACCUUUUUUUCUGUUUAAAAAUAAACUAAAGAACAUGUAUCCACAACACACCCCUUGCACUUACAAAUUCUCAUGGUUGAGGGGGAGGGGAGGAAAGAGGAACAGUUGACUGAUAAACUGCACACACAGUCUAACCAGAACUGAAUAAAGUUUUCAAAAGGACUCCUCCCAUCGUUGCAGGGGCAAAACUUCCUUUUGUGCAUGAGCAAAUCAAGUAACUGCAUGCCUCAGUUUGUGGGCAAAAGAGGCGGCUUUGGAAAACUUGUCUCUUUAGGUCAUAUAAAAAUGUAAUGGCCUAAGCAAACUAUUAAGAGCCCACCCUCCUACCUCCACUGGUUAAAUUUUUAGUGCUUCACAAUUCCCUUCACAGCCUUUGGAGUUAAGCAUCUACUUCGUUCUGUAGCUCUACUGAAAAUUAACCACUGAAGUUUUAAAAGUGCUGUUCUGCUCUGUAUACAGGUGUCUAUGCAUAAAAGAAUGUUCUGUAUAUAGAUUCCUCUACUAAAACAUUUCCUGAGAAAUCAUUGUAUAAGACCAAUCA